CUCGCCCAUUCCCUCCCCUCCCUGGCAGCUUGACCUCGGCCCCUCCCAGCUUUUGGCGUGGUUGGGAGUCUCUCCGUCUUCCCCCUUUUUCUACCUCGGGCUCUUCCCCGCCCUGCCCCGUUCCUCCUUCCUCCCUCCCCCCGCACCCGAGUUACUGAGCAAACCUUAGCCAAUUCUUCCAGACUGCUCUCCGAGAAAGCAGCCUUCUCUAGGAGCUCUGAACGUUAAUUGGUAGACUCGAUUUCCACAAGGCGGGACUAAUGCCUUCUAUUGGUGGUUGAUCCUGCCGAUCAUAGCCCUGGAGCUAUUGCUUCUUCACUCUUUGUCUCUGGGCUCCUGUUGUCUGGGUGAAUGGUGGAGACGCGGCAGCGCAUUGGUCUCCGGAAGUGCCUUAGAGAUCUGAUUCCAUUGGACGAUCCUCAAGAGGCGGCUUAUGAUUGGUGGCAACCUGACGCAAUUUGAUUGCUGAUUGGCUGAGUUUCCGAGGCUCGGUAGCUGAGAGACCGGAUUGCGAUGGCGGCGGUGGCAGCUAUGGACCGGGCCGGGACUAUGGUGGUUGCGCCCCGGAAAGCAGUGGCAGGGUGGCCGGUGGCGGAGGCGGCAGCUCCCUGCCCGGGCUUGUAGGCAUCAGCAUGGAGCGGGCCAGUUCCGGGAACGGCAGCCACGAAACUUGGGGGGCUCUCCGGGUGCGGCAGCUGCAGCUUAGGGAGCUGUGCCCCGGAGUGAACAAUCAGCCUUAUGUCUGUGAGAGUGGCCACUGUUGUGGAGAGACUGGCUGCUGCACCUACUACUAUGAACUCUGGUGGUUCUGGCUGCUUUGGACCAUCCUCAUCCUCUUCAGUUGCUGCUGUGCUUUCCGCCAUCGUAGAGCCAAACUUCGACUACAGCAGCAACAACGACAGCGGGAGAUCAACCUGUUAGCCUAUCAUGGAGCCUACCAUGGAGGCGGCCCUGGCUCAGGGGGCUCCAUGCUUGACUUAAGCCUUCUCACCUCCUUCAAGCUUCCUGCCUAUGAAGAUGUAGCUUGCCGCCCUGGAACCCCACCUCCCCCGUACAGUGUGGCUCCUGGGCCCAGGUCACCCAGCUCCAGUGACUGUACCAGCUGUUCCUGUGCCUCCAGCUGCCCCCCUUCUCCACCUGGUCCUGUAGAAGCCUCUUCCAGGAACCACUCCCACAGGGUAGAAUGGGAGAGAGGGGCUGAGGUAGUUGCCCAAGGUCAGGCUGGAGAUAUGGGGGAAGGAGACAGCCCAGCACCCCUAAAUCGGUCCUGCCGCCAUCGAAGGCUUACUGGUGAUUCAGGAAUUGAGCUGUGUCUUGGUACCUGCCACGGUCAAGUUGACCACAGCCCUGCCAAACUGGAGUGGGCAGGGCCACUCCCACCCCAGGAUAGCAGUGUCUGUUCCCCAAACUCAGCCCCUGCUGAUCCUGCCCCCUGUGAAUUCCCAGUCUCCUCUGAAGAGCCUGGGCCCAGGCAGAGCUGUGCUCUGUGAGAACCUGAAAUGUAGGUCUCUCAUCCCCAAUGGUCUCAGCCAAAGCCAAGAAAGGGUCAGGGAGGCCUGGCUCCUGGGGUGAAGGUUUCUGGCAGUGGCAAUUGUAUAUGGGAUAAGAGUGGUAGUUACCCUUCCCAUGCACAUAUCCAGCACCUCAGGUCUCCUUAUUAAAGAGAUUUAAUUA